GACUGCACCGCGACGAGAAGACCUCCGAUGGACGUCUACCAAGAGGCUGUGGGAUAUCUCAAGUCACAGCAUGUACCAGCUGUAGUCCAAACGGAGACUGAGGUCAUGGAGGAGGAUGUGUUCCAGGAGGAAGCCGAUUCCUGUCCUUUCUCUCCUCUUCAUCCCGAGAGCGUAGACUUCCCCGACACCCCGACGUUAUCCAGCCCCGAGGAAAUGCUAGAGAAGAGGCUCAUGGUCCUGAAAUGCAUCAUGGAGAGUGAGGAGGUUUAUCUCAGAGAGCUGGAGGCCCUGCUGAUGCCCAUGAAGGCCCUGCGCGCCUCAGCCGGGACGUCCAAGCCGGUUCUGUCCAGUCAGCAGGUCCAGACUGUGUUCUACCAGGUGCCUGAGAUCAGUGACAUGCACCAGAGCUUCUUCUCGGGCCUGAAGGAGCGUCUGAGCGCACACUGCCGCUCUGAGCCCGGCCCCGGGGAGGACGGGCACAUGAGCUACACCGGCUUCGAGCUGGUGGUGGGGGACCUGUUCCUGAAAAUGGUUAACCAGCUUGGUCUGUACGGUGGUUUCAUUGGAAACUAUGAGGAAGCUGUUCAAGUCGUUCGCAAGUGCACACAGUCGGACCCUUGCUUCCGGACCCUGGCCCAGAGCAUGAUGUCCAACAUCGGCUCAGACAAAACUCGUACCAAAUACACAUUUGAAGCGCUACUUUACAAGCCUUUGGACAGAGUCACCAAGACCACACUUGUGCUGCUUGACCUCCUGAAGACGACUCCAGAAACCCACCAAGACUUCGCACUGUUACAGGAAGCUCUCAGAUUGUCCCGCAGCUUCCUGUCUGGUGUCAACGAGAGUUCACAGAGCAAACGAGGGGUCACGCUCAGUCACGGCAUGAGACGUAAGCUGAUGCGUGACGGCUUUGUGGUGGACGCGAGUGAGGGGGAACGCCACAUGCGUCACCUCUUCCUCUACACCGACCUCCUGCUGUGCACCAGAUUCAAACAUGCAACCAGAGGGAAGCAGGACCAGUACAGGUUCGGCUGGUUUCUGCCCCUCGCUGGCCUCAAACUUCGCUGGGUCGCAGAUCAACAUCGUUCUCCAGACGCACAACUUCGCCAACACAACAUGAGAACAAAGAUGCACCUUCUACGUCAGCAGCUACGACAACACGCACAGGGGUCCAAGGGUUUGGCUUUUGCAGCUCGUAGCAGAAAGAAACUGGAGCAGAUGGAGCUGAUGCUGCUCACACACUCUCCGGUUUACACACUGGAGCUGCACAGCCCCAGCGGCAAGAGUCACACUCUCCUCCUCUCCUCGCUGUAUGAGCUUGAAGAAUGGAGGGAAGCCAUUCACAAAGUCACUACAGACAACAUAGAGACCGUCCCCCCCGACCUGCUCACCCUCACCAGUGCAUGUGUGAAACUGAGAAUGACGCAGCAGCCGCCACUUCACAGCACCAACACCGCAGUAGAGGACGAGAUGUCUCUGUGUGGGACUCUGAGUGUGGCCGUGCACUCUGCCUGUGGCCUGCAGCAACCAGCCUCUGUAUACGUGUGUGUGGAAGUGGAUGGAUAUGAGUUCUAUGAUAAACAAGCCACGACACACUCAUCAAUCCACAGCCUCAACCCACAUUGGGACCAGGAGCUGGAGUUCCAGGUGGACGCGGCUCAGGAGCUGAGGCUGCUCUGUGUGAGUCAGACUGAUGGAAAGAAUGAUACUGUCUUGGGAAAAACUUCUGUAAAGUUGAAAUCUAAAACCCUGAAUGAGCGAUGGAGGAGACAGACGCUACACCUUGGCCAGGUGGAUGUGAUCGUCUCGCUGAAGUUCUCCCCCCACCCUCUUGAACCCCCCAGCGCUACAGCUCCUCUACAUCCUGUCUUCUGCGUCCCCAUUGAAAUUGUUACUCAACAGGAAGGAGUGAUGGUGCCCCACGUGGUGCGCUGCUGCGCCGAGGAGGUGGAGAGGAGAGGCCUGGCGGAGGUGGGGAUCUACAGGAUUUCCGGAUCCUCCAGUGACAUCAACUCGCUGAAGAAUGUCUUCAACAUCAAUCUGCGUGACGCUGUAACCAGGCUGAGGACGGCGGAAGUGAACGUGGUCUCUGGUGUCCUCAAACUGUACUUCAGAGAGCUGCCGGAGCCCCUCAUCCCCGCCGACAAGUUUCAGAGCCUGGCCAGGUCGCUGGAGAUCCAGGACGUAGACUCCCGGCUGGUCUCCUUGUUCUCCGUGCUGCACUCCUGUCCCGCCCCCAACCGCAACACCUUCCUGUUCGUCCUGCAACACCUCCAGAGAGUCUCUGAGAGGCAAGACACCAACAAGAUGACUCUGAUAAACCUGGCUACGAUAUUCGGUCCCAGCCUCUUACGCCUCCCUGUGGCGGAACUGGGACACAUCGGCUGCUCCAUGGAUAUCUCUGUGGAGGUGGUGCUGCAGGUCCAAGUGGUUUUCUGCUACCUGCAGUGCAACAACCUCCCUGAAGCCCAGACCUCUCUGCCACAUGACACAGACUCUGAAGAUGAGACCACCCACAUGUGAGACCUCCACCAGUGUCAAAUACUGCGUGUGAAGAAAUAUCAGCAAACUCUUAACACAAUACAAUUAUUUAUUGAUAGAAAUAUGCACUGUGUCCAUUUUGUCAGUGAUUUAAACCCGAAGGGUGACCAUUUUAAAUGUAAUUAAAUCAUUUUGAUUUAGUGCAGUAUCAUUAGUCACAGAUAUGUAUAUAUACACUUCUUUUAUAUGCUGCAUUCAUUCUCACAAACCAGCUAGUAAGAGGCUUUCAAUUUCUGUUUUACUGAUUUAAACCCAAUCACAUUUAAUUAUACAAAAAUCCUAUGUCAGAUACAUUUUGAAGAUCUAAGUCCAAUAAUGUACAUUUUAAGCGUUAUUAUUUUCUAUAAAAGUUCAUUGAAUAAAUAUGAUUUCUAAAUACCACAUACUUAAAAAAAAACUACAAAAACAAAACAAUUGGAAAAAAUAAAGUCGAUUUUCUUACCUUUAUUUUGAGGAUUUUAGCAGUCAAAUGUAGAAUUGGCAAGGAUAAAAUAAAUAGUUAAAAAUAAGUUCAUAUUAGGUAAAAAAAACGUGGUAAUGAAUCCCAAUAUGUCUUCUGUGUUACUGUGGUAACACAGUAACGUAUAACUUUCAUUAUACGGCAGAUUGACUAGGUGGCACGGGGAGUAACGUGAAGUUAAAAUGUGGUGGAGGAAAAGUCAGGGAUGCAGAUGUUGUAAAAAAGGGUCAGGGGUCACCUCCCCGAGCCUGAAAACCAAUCGGUUACGGUUCAAAUCCAACUAGACGGAGUUCACCACGAAGUGCACGGCCCAUAAAAGUCACUCACACACACACACACACACACACCAUGCUGGAAGCCAACACACACAUGUUCACGGCCCAUGUUCGACCCAUCCACACCACAGAUGGGGCGUCUCUUUUCAACCGCACCACCUGGGCAGGCCGGGCUUGUGUUACCCCUCAACCUUUUACCCCCCCUCGCUCUUUUGAUCACUAAUCCUGCAGCCCGACUCCGGCUCUCCAGCACUAAUAGACUCUGCCUGGACGCCAUAACAACAUCCAGAACAAACCGAAAGAAAAUGGUGGCUCACCCUUGCUGCCCUCAGAGUCAUAAAUCACCUGUCCCCUCUAACACGCUGGCUGCCAAAAUAAAGUUCCGCCCGGCGACUACAAAGAAAAAAAAUUAGGUUCAGGCUACAGACUACAAAGCCCAGGAAGGCCUGAGACGUCCCAGACGUUUGUGACCAACGACGGGACCAGACGACUGGUCCACACCUGGGGCUGCAGGGAGCAUUUUUACAGGAGACGUCAGUUUCUGGACAGCACUUGUUCCAUACAGUCACACACACUGACUGUCUCGUCUAUAGAGAUUAUACAGCCAUGUUAUUUAUGUGGAAAUUCUUUGAAACAUAUGGUGGUAGAGUCAUUUGUAUACACAUAUUUUGGAGAUAGACCUAACAGACUAACAUUAAACCUAGAUUUCUUUAGGUUUAAGAUCAGGUGAACCCAAAAUUAUUCUUUUUUAGAAACUGGGAUUGUUUUUCAGCCGACCAUGUGCCUUUUUUUAAUCUCUUUCCUCAGCUAACAAGACAUUUGUGAACUUUUCAAUGCCAUUAAAGAAACUCACAGGCCUUCAACAAUGUUUAAUUUUAUCCUGAAUAAUGACACUUUUCAGCAUCUAUUUUACUUACACUUUUGACCUGUGUUUAUCAUGGCUAUACUUGUCCAAAUGGUUUGGAAUUUAGCUUAGAUAAAGCACAAGUAAAGCCUAUAUAUACCAUAUUGAGUUUUAUAUAUGUUAAGUUUGUCCUUUAAAUUAUAUUUCUAUUAAUAUUUACCCUGCAAAGUGUCUUUGAGUAUCUUGAAAAGCGCUCUAUAAAUAAAAUGUGUACAGUAUAUCAUACUGGCCCACCUCA